UGUACAUGUUCUGUCUAUUAUCUCUUCUCUUUCAAGAGGCGUCAUGGCAACGCAGAUAUAAUUUUCUGUCUACACGCCAGGCGUGUGUCUGGCUUCUCACAACCUGCGCGUGUCUUUCAAGUCCACUUUCCUUGAGUCUCCACAUCCGUGUGUCACUGGAAUCCCGCAACAAACGUCCGCAUUUGCUCUCCUAUUUUCACGUCCACAGUUCUGAACGUUCAGUUUGUGCGCAGUGCGCAAAGCAGGCUGUGCGAUGGCUUUCCAACUUGGCCUAGUUGACGUCGCCAUUAUUACUGUGACUGCUUACUUUCUGCUGUACAUGUAUGCUUCAAGGUACAGAAACUAUUGGAAAAGUCAGAAUGUGGUACACGAGAAGUUUUCUUUGAUGUUCGGUCCUGCCAAGAGACUGCUGUUGAAGCCAGUCUGCUUAAGUGACCAGGAGAGAUACAAGAAAUAUGGACGACUGUUUGGCGCCUACGAGCGAGGGAAACCCUGUCUCUUUGUCGCCGAGCCUGAUUUGAUAAAGCAGAUUUUGGUCAAGGACUUCCAGCAUCUGCCGAAUAGGAUGUUACAGCGAACAUCAAACCCCCUCGUGGACAGCAUGAUGGUCAUAGCAGCCGCGGAGCGUUGGCGAACAAUCCGCCCGGCUACUACCCCAGCAUUCUCGACUGGGAAGCUACGUAAAAUGAAUGCGAUGAUUCAAGAUUGUGCGAGGAUCACGAGUACGCAUCUCGAAGAAGCGGCCGAGAAAAAUCAGGACAUCGAUGUGAAAUGGUUCUUUGGUCACUACUCACUUGAUGUGAUCGCAAGGUGCGCGUUCGGCACGAGACUUGACUCCCACACAGACUCCACCAAUGAGUUUGUGGCAGAAGUUAAUAAGACAUUUUCUGCAAGAAGGAUGUCCUGGAGGGUGCUUGUUGCAACGCUUUUUGCAGAACUGGCAAGGUGCUUUCGGUUUAGUAUAGAAACCGAUGGUGAGUUCGAGUACUUCAAGAAUGUUUGUCAACGCAUCAUAAACGAAAGGCGCCAGGCAGGCCACCGUCAUGAAGAUUUUUUACAGCUCAUGAUGGAUGCCCAAGAAGGUACACUGACUUCUGAUGAAGAUAGCUCAGCGGAAAACGAGAACAGGGUGUUUGAGGUUGGUUCUGAGACUGAGCUGGCAUCGGCAAAUAGUAGUAACCGUCUGACUGAAAUCGAAGCCAUGGCGCAAUGUGUGCUCUUCUUCUUGGCUGGUCAGGAGACUACAUCGACAACGAUAGCCUUCACCGCGUACCUGCUUGCUCUUAAUCCCAACGUCCAAGAAAAACUCCGAAAAGAAGUGGACGAGUGCAUCGCGAAAAAUGGCCCGGAGCCCAGCUUUGACACCAUAUCCAAGCUGAAAUACCUGCACUGCGUGGUAUCGGAAGCGCUGCGCUUGUACCCGCCAUCAACAAGACUUGAACGGUCUGGCUACGAUGAUUACGUCCUUGGUGACACAGGAAUCAAGCUUCCGAAAGAUGGCUCUAUUAUUAUCCCGAUUUAUGCGAUGCAUCACGACCCGGCAAUGUUUCCUGAUCCUGACAGCUUCACACCUGAAAGAUUUAGUGACGAGAAUGUGGAGUCCAUCCGGCCGUACAGUUAUCUUCCUUUUGGUGCUGGGCCACGGAACUGCAUUGGGAUGCGCCUCGCGCUUCAGUCCGUCAAGCUCUGCCUGCUUCAUUCUCUGCAUAGAGUUCAGUUUGUUCUCACGGAGAAGACAAAGGUUCCCUUGAAGGUUAAGAAAGGCCGUGGUGUCUUGACAGCAGAAGACAUCACUGUUGGAAUACGGAGAAGGCCAGAUUCACAAGUCUAGGUGUGCUCUCACAAAAACGUAAAUGCUCACUGUGUACUGUGUGGUGAUGCCAAUAUGGGAAUAUGUCUAUCGUGGAAAAUAUAAAUACAGCUUUUGCGCGAAAGCAAAA